AUGGAUGUUAACAGAUCAAACUUGCAAGUCAACUGUGUUUGUGACUACAAAGCAAUUGAUCAUAGGGACCUGCUCCCAGCCUCCAGACACCGCCCAAGUUGCAGACCCAAGUACAUCCAAACAAUGGAAUCCAACCACGAACAGAGUACAUCGCAGCAGCUAUUAAGUUGGGUAAGGGAACAGAAAUACAAGCUAGCUGGUGCCACUUUUGCUGCCAGCAUGGUCGGUUCCUUUAUUCUGGUUGGUCGCAACCCGUACCUGACAAGCAAACAAAAGAUUGUUCAGGCUCGUGUGUAUGCACAGGGUCUAACGCUGGCUGUCAUUGUUUCAUUGGCUGCACUUGACAUGUCAGACCGACGAAAGCCAUAUAUCGCUCAGCGAAAGGAAGCUGUCAAGCUGUCUGAUUCAGAGAACUAA